AUGCCCAUCCGCGUCAGGUCCAAGAAGCUGCCCAAGCCCCGGGACUUGAGCCCCGUGUCCUUGCACUUCGACUCGCUGGAGCUGCCUGACAUCGACACGGACGACACUUUCCGCAAUGUGGUCAAGAAGCUCUCCGUAUACUUUGUCGACGUCAUCGUGUUGCCCAGCACCUUUGAGCAGCUGCGCACCACGGCUGCCGGUGAGCCGUUGCGAGUCUUGGUCGAUCACCUCAACGCUACUUGCACCAAUCCUGCCAUUGUGAAUGCUCUGCUCGCCCUCAAAUGGCACUAUGCCGUUGACGAGUCCGAGUCCAACAAGGGUCUCUGCGAAGCCCGCGCCAGCGCCUGUGAGAUCGUCGCCUGGCGGUUCCUCACCCGCCUCUCGGAGCGCGAGGCCGUCGACUACUGUCUCUAUGAGAUUCCCGAUCCCAAGGAGCCGCCGACGCCCCCGCCAAACGCCGACCUAGAGAGCAACGAGGACUCUCCUCUGCUCUCCGGCGGCAGCUGGUCCGGUAAUGGCAGCCGCCGCUCCUCCGUGCGCCCUGGAAGCAGCGCCAAGCGCUACCAGCUCCUGUCAUCUCUCUCCAGGCUCACGAUGAGCAUGCACGCCGACCAGGAAGAGGAAGAAGACGACGACCCGACCUCGCCCUUCACCAACCUCAACGCCCUCGAAAUCGCCGCCGUCGCCGACGCCAAGCGCUUCCUCAGCCAACACGUCGUGCAGAAGAUCAUUACCGGCAUCUGGAACGGCGACAUCAUCUUCUGGGACAGCCUCUCGGUCCACGCCCAGAAAAAGCCCCGCUUCUACAACGCCCACACGACCGACAUCUUUUCCCGCCUGAGGGUCCCCAAGUACCUCAAGGCCUGGGAGGCCUUCUUCUUCUUCCUCUUCCUGUGCCUUUACUACUCCGUCCUCGUCGAGCAGAACACCGAACGCAUCACCCACAACGAAAUCGUCCUGUACAUCUGGCUGGCUGCCUUCCUGUACGACGAGCUGAGCGAGUGGGCCGAUGCCGGAACCAUCUUCUACGCCACCGAUGUCUGGAACCUUUUCGACAUGAUCAUGAUAGGCAUUGGUAUCGCCUUUGCUGUUCUUAGGGUCAUCGGUAUUGCCAAUAACGACCGGCACAUCACCAAUACCGCCUUCAACGUCUUCGCGCUCGAGGCGCUGUUCAUGGUGCCGCGGGUCUUCUCCCUCCUCAGCUUGUCGCCCUACUGGGGCACGCUAAUCCCGUGUCUCAAGGAGAUGGGCAAGGACUUUGUCAAAUUCAUGGUCCUUGUCGUCGUCAUCUACCUCGGCUUCCUCACAACCUUCUCUCUCAUCGGCCAGGACGCCUACAACUUCAGCCAUAUGACGAUGAUCCUCACAAAGAUCUUCUUUGGCUCGGCGUACGUCGGCAUCGAGAUCAUGGAUGACAUCGACAAGGUCUUUGGCCCCCCUCUCAUGAUCAUCUUCAUCAUCCUUUCCUCCUUCUUGCUGAUGGGCUCCCUGACGGGUAUGCUGUCCAACUCCUUCUCCCGCGUCAUCACCCACGCCCGCGAGGAGUACCUCUACGUGUACAGCGUCUACGUGCUCGAGGCCUCGACUAGCAACCGGCUCACGCACUUCUACCCGCCGUUCAACGUCAUCGCCCUCGUCAUCUUCCGGCCCUUGCGCCUCUUCCUCCCCUCGGACGACAAGUUCCGCCAAAGCCGCAUCCUCCUGCUCAAGGCCACCCACCUCCCCAUAGUCGGCCUCAUCAGGAUGUACGAGAGCAUCCGCCGCCGCGUGAUGCCCGACGAGUACGCCGGUUUCAAGGGACCACGUGGCGCGACGGGCGCGACGAGACAACGCUCGCGGGGCGCCUUCCAGGCCAACCGCCCGUCGUCUGGGUACCGCCCCGCGAGGUCCCCCCGUCCCGAGGAGCGCCUUGAGUCUCGCCAUUCGUCACGCCCCCAGCACCGUGCCAUCGAGGCCGAUGAAGCUGACGCGCCUUCAGCCGUCGAGGUGCGCAUCUCGGAGCUCAACGACAAGAUUGACAAGCUCACGGCGCUUGUCGAGGCCCUCCAGCAGCGGCCCGGAUCGCCCUCUUGA